UCUCUUCCAAUCUCAGCUGUGUGUGUAAUUCUACACAAGCAGAGCUGAUCCCCGUCCCCAGCACAUUACUGUCUGCUUCCUACAUGAGGCUCCCUGGAACCAUGACAGGUACAAUAAUGAAGGGGAACCAUAAACUCUUCAAAUCGAUCUGCCAGCGCACAGUUUCUUUCAGGUGUUUAUCAAGCAAUGAGAAACCAAAAAUGCCUCCAUGUGAUUUUAUACCAGAAGAGUACAAGGGUAUUCCAUAUGAAGACAUCCUAAAUAUCCGCAAGACAAAGCUGUCUGCAUUGUUGACCUAUUACAAGAAGCCCAUCUUGGCACACCAGGGGCACAUGCAGUGGCUGUUCGAUCAUGAGGGAAAGCGUUACUUGGAUCUCUUUGGAGGGAUUGUCACUGUCAGCGUUGGACACUGCCACCCGAAAGUCAUAGAAGCCGCAAAAAGACAGAUUGACCGUCUCUGGCACACAACCAAUAUUUACCUGCAUUCGCCAAUCCAUGAAUACGUUGAGAAGCUGACAAGUCGCAUGCCUGGGAAAUUAAAGGUGGCGUACUUGGUUAACAGUGGUUCAGAGGCCAAUGACGUGGCAAUGUUUAUGGCAAGACAAUAUACAGGAAACUUUGAUAUAAUUAGUUUAAGAAGUGGCUAUCAUGGGGCCAAUCCAUACUCACUAGGAAUGACAGCGCACUCUGCGUACAAGCCUGGAGUGGCCAAUGGAUUUGGUUGUCACACGACGAUGUGUCCGGAUGUAUUUCGGGGUAUAUGGGGUGGAAGUCAUUGCAGAGAUUCCCCAGUGCAGACCAUACGAACCUGCUCAUGUUCUCCUGGUUCCUGUGACGCCAAAGACAAAUACAUUGAGCAGCUUAAAGAAACUCUGGACACCAGCGCUGCAAAAAAAUUGGCUGCAUUUAUCGCUGAACCCAUGAUGGGCGUGGGAGGAGCCAUUCAGUAUCCCAAGAAUUUUUUAAAGGAGGCCUAUGAAAUUAUACGGGGGAAAGGAGGCGUCUGCAUCGCAGAUGAAGUUCAGACUGGAUUUGGCAGGACCGGGAGCCAUUAUUGGGGGUUUCAGACUCAUGAUGUCAUGCCUGACAUUGUGACUAUGGCGAAGGGUAUUGGCAAUGGAUUUCCUAUGGCUGCCAUUAUCACCACAGAAGAGAUUGCAAGAUCUUUUACCCAGGCUGUCUACUUCAACACCUUCGGUGGCAAUCCUAUGGCAUCUUCUGUGGGCUCUGCUGUACUGGAUGCUAUUGAAGAGGAUGGUCUUCAGAAUAAUUGUGCUGUGGUUGGAACCCAUUUGUUAUUGGAGCUGGCAAAACUACGGGAGAAGUUUGAAAUUGUUGGAGAUGUUCGUGGAAAAGGACUGAUGGUCGGAGUGGAGAUGGUAAAGGACAAGAAAACGCUCCAACCACUGCCAGCAGAAGAGAUGAGCCUCAUCUGGGAAGAAUGCAAAGACAACGGGGUCCUGCUUGGCAAAGGAGGACUAUACAGUAAUGUAUUUCGGGUAAAACCUCCAAUGUGCAUCACAAAGGAAGAUGCUGAUUUUGCUGUAGCCGUCCUUGAGAGAGCACUAAUUAAACACAAGGAGACCAUAUCCAGAUGAUCUAAGGGAGCUUAAGAUUGUAAGCUCCUCGAGGAAAGGAACUGAUGGGACUGAUGUGAAAGUUCAAUAUUUAAGCAUUGCGUAAAUUGUCUGCACUAUAUAAUACCUGUAAUAAAUAAAUAAUUGGGAAGUAUCUCAUUCAGGCCAAUCCAGGUCUCAUUCAAGGCAUCUAAAGUCAGCAAUAUAAGAUUCAAACCAGCACUGGAAAAUAACAAUUACACAAUAAAACUUUAUAAUUAUG